AUGGGAGUGUUGGCCACCUCAGUCUGUGCCGAUGUGAUGUAUGCGAUUGGGUUAAAGUCAAUCAAAAGUGGAACGGAUACGCUGGUGACAUCACCAGGGAUCUAUUCCCCGGCUGUUCUUCUCGAUAAGACAUCCCUAGUUGACACAAGGAAAAACCCCGGCAAGUAUCCUACCGUGAAGAUAAAGACAUUCAUAGAACGUAUAGGAAGAAGAGAAGAUUUCGAAUUGAAACGGACUGGAAUGAAAGCGUCCGACAAUGCCGACACAUCUAAACAUGCAGGGAUGGAUUCAGUGAUAGAAAAGGAAAAAUCAAGUCAUUCAUCAGUGUUGGUGGAAAUCUGA